GUCUGAGGCUGUGACCUUGUUUCUAAUACUGAUCUUUGGACACAAAGGGAGAGGAAGGAUUGACAGUUAAUCCCCAGCGGGAACCCAACAAAGAGGAACUCUCAAGGCACUCUUCUGUUACUUCCUACUAAAAAGGGAAGGAAACUAUUAUUUACUGAGCUCUUACCACGGGCUAGGCCCUGGACCAUGUGCUUUUACCUGGACUACCUCAUUUUGGGCUUACAGUAACCUCAUGAGGUAGGGACUUUCGCCCCUGUUUUUCAGAGGAGGAAACUGUAGCUUAAAAUAUUUGGGUCAUUUGCCUGAAAUUCCACAGCCAGUAAAUGAUCCAGGGAGGAUUUAAAUCUGGUUCUUCUGUAUGUGACAAUGACUGGCAUUCCUCAGGUGCUGAAUGUUUGUUUUCCCUCCUUUCUGCCUCCCUGCUAACCCACACCGGUGUGGGGGAGAGUUGGUGUUCAGGGGCGCUGGCGCCUAGCACUUCCUGGAGGGGCCACAGCACCACAGUCGUCACAGGUGCCAACCUCCUCAGACUAACGAUCACACGCACACAGAGCUUUCAAGAUGACAAGGCUCUUUCACGUUCCUUAUCGUGGUUUAAGGGAGCUGAGUGCCCUGAUACCUGAGGAUGUUUCUGACUCCUCCCUAACCUUCAGCCUACUGGGAAUGAGACUGGAAGGCAGCCACACCAGGACUCACAUCAUGGAGCCAAGGGCGGCCCGGCGGCUGCGGAGGAGAGAAAGGCUGGGAGGAGAUCAGAAGGACCAACCCUCCAGAGAAGGGGAGCCCCGCUCUGGGAGUGCAGCCGGAGGAAACACUGAGACACACAGAGGCCCAGACUUGGUGCAAUGGACCCGACAUAUGCAGGCUGUGAAGGCACAGUUGCUGGAGCAGGCGCAGGGCCAGCUGACGGAGCUGCUGGACCGGGCCAUACGGGAAGCCGUUCAAUCCUACCCACCACAAGACCGCCCAGUGCCCUCCAUCCCUUCAGAUUCCUUGAGCAAGACUCGGGAGCCAUCCCUGGGGAAACGGAAAGUUUUCAUCAUCCGCAAGUCUCUGCUUGACGAGCUGAUGGAGGUGCAGCACUUCCGCACCAUCUACCACAUGUUCAUCGCUGGCCUGUGUGUCUUCAUCAUCACCACCCUGGCCAUAGACUUCAUCGAUGAGGGCAGGCUGAUGCUGGAGUUUGACCUACUGAUCUUCAGCUUCGGACAGCUGCCCUUGGCGCUGGUGACAUGGGUCCCCAUGUUCCUGUCCACUCUGCUGGCGCCCUACCAGGCGCUGCGGCUGUGGGUGAGGUCUCAGGCCGGAGUGGCCUGGACGCUACGGGUGGGCCUCGGCUGCUUGCUGCUGGCCGCGCACACCGCGGUGCUCGGCAUCCUCCCGGUCCACGUAGCGGUGGAGUAUGAGCUCCCGCCAGCCUCCCGCUGUGUCCUAGUCUUUGAGCAGGUCAGGUUCCUGAUGAAAAGCUACUCCUUCCUUAGAGAGACGGUGCCUUCGACGCUUCGCGCCAGAGGUGAGGGCAUCCGGGCCCCUAGUUUCUCCAGCUACCUCUAUUUCCUCUUCUGCCCCACACUCAUCUACAGGGAGACUUACCCCAGGACACCCAGCAUCAGGUGGAAUUAUGUGGCCAAGAACUUUGCCCAGGCCCUGGGCUGCGUGCUCUAUGCGUGCUUCAUCCUGAGCCGCCUCUGUGUUCCCAUCUUUGCCAACAUGAGCCGGGAGCCCUUUAGCACCCGUGCCCUGGUGCUCUCCAUCAUGCACGCCACCUUGCCAGGCAUUUUCAUGCUGCUGCUCAUCUUCUUUGCCUUCCUCCACUGCUGGCUCAACGCCUUCGCAGAGAUGCUACGAUUUGGAGACAGGAUGUUCUAUCGGGACUGGUGGAACUCGACAUCCUUCUCCAACUACUACCGCACUUGGAAUGUCGUGGUCCAUGACUGGCUGUACAGCUACGUGUAUCAGGACGGGCUGUGGCUCCUUAGUGGCCGGGCCCGAGGGGCAGCCAUGCUGGGCGUGUUCCUGGUCUCUGCAGUGGUCCAUGAGUACAUCUUCUGCUUCGUCCUGGGAUUCUUCUACCCCGUCAUGCUGAUGCUGUUCCUUGUCAUUGGAGGGUUGCUGAACUUCAUGAUGCAUGACCAGCACACGGGCCCAGCGUGGAACGUGCUCAUGUGGACCAUGCUCUUUCUGGGCCAGGGCAUCCAAGUCAGCCUGUACUGCCAGGAGUGGUACGCACGGCGUCACUGCCCCCUGACCCAGACAACCUUCUGGGCGCUGAUGACACCUCGAUCUUGGUCCUGCCAUAUCUAGAGAUCAGGGUACCCUUGCUGCCCAGAUGACACCACCAAGUUCUCUGCCUGCAAAGCCUGGGACCAGGGCUCCUCUCCCCACAUUCCCAGACAUAGUUCUGAGUCAAGGGGUCCUGACAUGCAUGUCCCCAGCAGGGAACUCCACGGACUGAGAUCUGCAGACCUGUGGGCAGGUGAGCACAGACUCAGAAUGGCAGUGGCUCUGUCUUGAGCCCGCAUCCCCAGAGAUUGGGCCAAGGGCCCCCUCUCCCUCCAUGGCUGUUCAGACCUGGGGAGACCUGAGGGACCUUCCAGAUUUGUUGAAUGUAGUGUAACUGAGAGCAGCUGAGGCCAUCAAGGUCCGAGAAGGACUUGUUUCUUUCUUUGUACUCUUUCCAAUACAAUAAUAAACUCCUUGUGUCUCUUUUUA